UCGAUUCGGGGAGUUCUGAGCGGAUUCAGAAAUUCCGGGGUUUGUGACGUGUGCAGGGCGCGGCGCGGAGGGAGAGAGACGGAGAGACGGACAGGGUGAGACGUACAGAAUUUUGCUGUCCACUCAUCUGAAAUCGAGCAUCUAUGGCGGCUAAGGGGUCACGUGGGACCAUCCGGGACUUCCCGGGAUUCAACGCAGAUGCGGACGCGCAGAUUCUGCGCAAGGCCAUGAAGGGCUUCGGCACGGAUGAGAAAAGCAUCAUCGAUGUCCUCACGCGGCGCAGCUUCGCCCAGAGACAGAAAAUCAUCGAGGCCUUCAAGACCGCUUUCGGCAGGGACUUGGUGGCGGACGUGAAGUCGGAGGUGUCGGGGACGCUGGAGCUGGUGUUGGUGGCGCUGCUCACGGCGCCAGACAAAUACGACGCCGCCGAGAUGAGGUUCGCUCUCAAGGGAGCUGGCACUGAUGAAGACAUCCUCAUCGAGGUGCUGGCAUCACGAACUAACCGCCAGUUGCAGGCGCUGGUGCGGGCCUACAAGCACGACUACGACAGCAGCCUGGAGGAUGACAUCUGCUCCGACACCGACCACUACUUCCAGCGCAUGCUCGUGGCCCUGCUGCAGGGCAACAGGGAUGACGAUGGACCGGUUGACGCUGAGCUGGUGAAGAAGGACGCGCAGGUGCUGCUCGAGGCCGGCGAAAAGAGCUGGGGAACGGACGAGGAGAAGUUCAUCACCGUGAUGUGUCUACGCAGCUUCACACACCUGCGCAGAGUGGUGGACGAGUACAAGUCUCUGAGCAAGAAAACGCUGGAGGAGAGCAUCCAGUCAGAGAUGUCGGGCUCCCUGGAGAGGCUGAUGAUGGCCGUGGUCACGUGUGCUGUGAGUACCCCCACCUACUUCGCUGAGCGACUCUACAAGGCCAUGAAGGGCGCGGGCACGGACGAGCGCACGCUGCUGCGAGUCCUCGUCUCCCGCUCCGAGAUUGACCUCGGGGACAUCCAGGAAGUGUUCGCCAACAAGUACGGUGGCCCUCUCGCCACCUCGAUCCAGGGGGAGGUGGGGGGAGACUUCAGGGAGACUCUACUCAAGCUCUGCUCCCCUUAGUCACCCUCAGCCACUCAGUCACCAUCACACUCACAGUCACCCUCACAGUCACACUCACAGUCACACUCACAGUCACACUCACAGUCACCAUCACAGUCACACUCACAGCCACCAUCACAGUCAC